AUGGAUUAUGAUGGUGAUGGAAGCCCAGACAACGAGCAGUAUAUUUCAGUAAACGCCAUUUCAACAGAGAAGAGAGGUUCUAACCGUUACAGUCAGCAAGAUAUUCAGAUACUAGAAGCUUAUUUCAAAGAAUAUCCUCAUCCAAACGAAUUACAGAGACAAGAGCUAUGCAAAAGGGUGGACCUCGAGAUAGACCAAAUCAAAAGUUGGUUUCAGAACAAAAUAGCUCAAAGCAAAGUUGAAGAUGUGAGAAAUUCAAACAAAUUGCUUCGUGAAGAAAAUGAAACAAUCCGAUGUCAGAAUGCUGUAAUGUUAGAGGCUUUACAAACUGUGACUUGUCCACCUUGUGGUGGUCCUCCUUUUGGCGGAACUGAACUUGAACGCAAACUCCGUAUCCAAAACCAGCGUUUAGAAAACGCUCGUCUCAGAACGGAGCGUGACUUGUUGGUGGACAAGAUCAAGCAUCAACAAACCAUGAUGGACUCAUUCCCUCAAAGACAGCAAACCUUUGAAACUCUCACCUCAUACGGAUAUAAUCCAGAUAAUCCCUUCGAGCGACCUAGCUCAUCAAAAUCUCAAAAUAUCCAACCACAACAACAACCCCAAAUGGAUAAUUCGCAGCUGACUGCAACUGGGACAAGUGCGGUUGAAGAGCUUAGGCGGCUAUUUUUUACCGACCAAGCUCGUCUUUGGUUAAUGUCGUCUAUAGAUGGAACAUAUGUGAUUGAGCAAGACAGCUAUGAGAACUUCUCGCAGUCAGUCAAACAAUUCAGGAACUCGAGUGCUCCUGUCGAGUCUUCUAGAGUUGUCAGGGACAUUCCUAUAAAGGCAACCAGCUUGAUUGCUAUGUUCUUAGAUUCGGAGAAAUGGAAAACGCUUUUUCCAACGAUCGUGAACACGGCCAGGACGAUUCUUACGCUCGGAUCCGAGUUAAUUAGUGUAUGGGAGCAGCAGCUACACAUAUUGUCUCCCCUAGUGCCAGCAAGGGAGUUUACGAUCGUUCGAUGCUGCCGAAAUAUCAAGGAAAGGCACUGGAUUAUUGCUGAUGUGUCACUCAUUGAUUCUAACCACAAAGUCAGUCAGUCUUGUUAUAAACGUCCUUCUGGUGUUCUCAUCGAAGCCUUGUCCAAUGAUCGGAGCAAGGUAACGUGGAUAGAGCAUGUGGUAGUGGACGAUAGACCCGAGACGCAGGGGGUGUAUCGAGAUCUUGUAAGUAGCAGUUCGGGCUAUGGAGCUAAGCGUUGGAUCGUUACCCUUGAGAAAAUGUGUGCGAGAAUGACUCUCUCCUCCGCCACAACCAUUCCGGUUACUGACCGGUGGGAAACUCUACUAACAGUGGAAGGAAGAAGGAGUGUGAUGAAAUUAGGGGAAAUAAUGUUGAAGAACUUCAGCGAAAUGUUGAUCAUGCCCGGGAAUAUUGAGUAUGGAGGAGUCAGAAUCUCAACGCGAAUGAACGAGGAAGUCGGUCAAGUUGCCAGUGCUGCAUAUUGUCUCUCAAUUCCUAGCACUCCUUCGCAAGUCUUCAACUUGCUGAGAAGCAACGACUUUCGUCACCAGUGGGACGUUCUUUGUUAUGGAAACGCAAUCACUGAGACCGGUCGCAUUUUCACCGGAUUAAGUGAAAGUGAAACAAACUACAUCAGUCUACUCCAGGUACAUACACGCCAAAAUGUACAAGAACCAGUCACGAGGAGGGUGCUACAAGAGUGUUACAUGGACGAAUUAGGAGGUAUGAUAGUGUACGCUCAAGUCGACAUGGCUGCAAUGAGCAACGUUGCCUCCGGGGAAGUCAACCCUUUGGCGAUUCCAAUCCAACCUUCUGGCUUCACCAUCUCAAGCGACGGCCGGGGAUCCAUGGGGGCUGAGGCCGGUGGAACUUUACUCACGUUGGCUUUUCAGAUCCUUCUCUCUGCUGGUGUAAACAGUGGGGGCAGAAUGAUGUCUCAGAAUGAAGUGGACACAAUGAAUACGUUGAUCAGCACAAUUGUUCAAAACAUCAAGGCCUUGUUCAAUCUUCCUCCCGAGUGA